CCACAACAACGCUGGUCCUCAUGUUGAGCCGGGUGUCAUUCUCAACUCGUGUAUUUUUCCGUUUUAGGUUCCCUUCAUCAAAUCCAACCCGUGUAAAUCUCUAUACAGGGCGAUUUUAUAGAAAUAUGGAGCGCUGUGUGGUCAGAUGUGUGCCAUGUGAGCUCAAACUGACCAUUUCAUUCAAUCUGGACGGCAGCAACAAACACAUGCUGAGAGAGCAAACAGAACCGCUGGAGAAAGUUCUAGCCCGAAUAUCCAACAGCAUCAUCAAGGCCCAAGGCAAAGAGAAGAAAUCCAAGCGCAAUAAAGCCGCCGGAGAAGCUCUGGAGGCUGGUAAACCAGAAAUCAGGCUGUGCGUAAACGGAGAGCCGGUGGCCUUGGAGACCGUGAACUCAGACGCCUGGCAGGACGGAGCUGUGCUGCAUGUAGGGGAAUAUAAGUAUAAAGUUGAGAGGAACCCUCCAACGUUCACCGCAUCUGAGCUGCCAUCAUCUCUAAUGUCAGGCUUUCCUGUUUGUCCAAAGCUGGAGAUGGAGUUUGGAGAGUUGAAGGACUGUGAGUUUAGAUGGUACAAAGAAAGCGCACCUAAUGCCCAAAUGAGUGGAGAUCUGGACUGUUGGAGAGAGGCAGGGCAUGAACGUGUGUUCACACCAUCUAAUACGGACAUUGGGUUGAGGGUGAUGUUGAAAUGCACACCUGGGAAUGGAUCCAGAUUUGGGGAACCCAAGGAGCUGGUGUCUUUAAGCACCGUUGAGGCUGGUCCAGGGACGUGUACCUUUGAUAACAGGCAUAUGUACACUCAAAAGGUCACUGAUGGGUCUUCAGUGAGGGUUGUGUCAUAUAACAUCCUAGCUGACAUCUAUGCCCAAACAGAUCUGUCCAAAACUGUCCUGUACCCUUACUGUGCUCCAUAUGCCCUGGAGUUGGACUACAGGCAAAAUCUGAUCAAGAAGGAGCUUUCUGGAUACAAUGCAGACAUCAUUUGCCUUCAGGAGGUUGAUAAGGGGGUUUUCACAGAUAGCUUGGGUCCAGCAUUGGAUGCUUUUGGGUUGGAUGGGGUUUUCAGAGUCAAAGAAAGACAACACGAGGGUUUGGCGACGUAUUUUAGAAGAUCCAAGUUUAAAUUGCUCAGUCAGUAUGAUAUUAUGCUGAGUGAGGCCUUAACAACAGAUCCACUUCAUCGGGAACUCUUGGAGAAGGUGUCCACCAACCUCAGCUUGAAAGAGAAGAUCGAAAACAGGUCAACGGCUCUGCAGGUAACUGUUCUGCAGUCAUUAUGUGACCCAUCCAGAAUAAUAUGUGUCGGAAACACACACCUGUACUGGCACCCUAAAGGAGGGAAUGUUCGACUGGUACAGGUGGCUGUAGCCUUCAAACACCUGAAACGGGUGAUGACUGAGAAUCACCCUGGAGCCUGUCUGAUAUUCGCAGGUGAUUUCAACAGCACGCCGUCUUCUGGACUCCUCCAGCUCGCCUGUCAAGGAUCCAUCUCAGAGAAUCACGAGGACUGGGCGUCUAAUGGCCCAGAAGAGCUGAUCCAGGUGGAUCUGUUGAACCCGUUCCAGCUGGCAAGUGCUUGCGGGGUGCCAGUCUACACCAACUAUGUCGGGGGCUUCCAGGGCUGUCUGGACUACAUUUUUGUUGAGCCACAUAUUCUGCGGGUGGAUCAGGUUAUUCCUCUACCAAGUCAUCAAGAGGUCACAACCUAUCAGGCCCUGCCAAGCGUGUCACACCCCUCUGACCACAUCGCUCUGGUUUGUGACCUCAGGUGGAAGUGAAGCUAAAUGCGUUGUGAUGUACCAUAUUGUAAUCAGGAAUUUUACCUAUUUAGCUUAACAGUAAAUUUCUUCCUGUUGUUAUAUGGCUUUAUCUACACUAGAAUAAAUAUAUAUGAUGAUUAUGAA